AUGAGGAAAUAAACAAGCAAAGCUCCUCAACCUUCAUCAAGGCAAAAUUCUUCCUCGCAUAAAAGAUCCUCAUCGAAUCCUUAGAAUAAUCCAAACGAAAGGUCGUCGAAUAUUAACAUAAAGAAUCAAAGAGAAGAGGCAAAGGAAUAAUAAAAUGAGAGAAACAAGGCAGGAUAGAAUGAGGAAGAAAAGCAAAAUUCAAUACCCAAUUUUACGCCAAGUUCAAAUAAGCACAAUCCAUAAAAUGACCCUCCCAAAGUAAUCAAAGGUAUUUUAAAAAAGCCCAAAGCUGAUGGUGAUGUAAACAGCACAAGCAUGAUAAACUAGUCUCAGAUAGGGUAAACACCAACAAACAGUAACAGCCUGGCAAACUAAAACUUCAGUAGACAAAUACAAAAUCAAAAUGACACUCCUAAAAAUAGGAACAUCUCGUAAAGUACACCUCUAACAAUAGUCUCUGCUUAUCAUUCAUUUAACCAAUAAAAUCUAGCAACAUAGACUGUAGAUGCUGCAUUUGAAGAAUAUUUGAAAGUCUAAGAAGAACUUGCCUCAAGGGGUGAGAUAGAGGAAUCUUUAAAAAAUUUGCAAGAGGGACUAAACGAGAGACUAAGUCUGUACCCAGCUAGGGAUAGAGGUGUUUGGCUUAUCUCAAAACUAAUUGCUGAAAUUGGUAUUAGACUUGCAGUAAGAUGCCUUAAUAAUGAAAAAAUGGAGAAGGCUAACCAAUAUCUGAAACUAGCUAGAAAACAUACAGAGCCACUACCAAAUUCAGAUUGGAGUGAUAAUGCAGAGUGGAUGGGAACAAGAAAAAAUGUAUUUAAAAAUCUAGCGCUGAAAGAGGAUUGGAGCAAAGCUUUUGAUUGCUUUAAAGUCGCCUUGAAAUUAGAAAAAGAUCUAAGAGAGAAUUCUUCUAACACUGCUUUAACUUGUGCUGUCAUCUUAUCAAAAUUAAACAGAUAUGCAGAGUCUAUAGAUUAUGCUUAAAAUUGCAUGAAUACUAUUGAAGCGCAUAUGAAUAUGGACAGAAACAAACCAUUAGCUGAAUAUAAGUUCUUUGGAACAGAUCCAGUAAAGAUAUUAGAAUUUGAUAAAAUAAUGACAUCAUAUGCGAUAUCAUUGCAUCUUCUGGGAAAUAAUUUAGCAAAUCUGAAAUACAUAAAAGAGGCAAAAGUAUUUUUAACCAAGGCUUAAUAUGUUACAAAUAAUAUGCUUAACAAGCCAAAGCCUGAUUUAUAACUUGCAAUCACUAAUGAUCUAAAUAACUUGCAAAAGAACUAUAAGACUCAGAUAAAUCUUACCAAGAAAACAUAAAUGGAGGAUAUUGAAUCAUCACUAAUGAAUAUUAAGACUAAUCUAGCGAACAAUAGUUACAGCUAGUUAGUAGAUCAGCAAGAGCAAAAAGCUCUAUAUGGAACAAUAUCCAAUGGACCUCCUAUAAAAAUGUUGAAAAAAGAAGAAACUAAGAAGAAAAAGAAAGGAUAGGACGAUGAACAUAAAGAAGAGGAAUUGAAAGAGGAAGAAGAUGAUGAUAAAAAUGUUUUCAAUUUUGUAAAAAGAUUUGCAGAGGAAAAAAAGAAAAAAGAGAACGAGGCCUUGGACGAAUAUCAUAAACGCAUUAAGUUAGAUUAUGAUGAUAAGCAGAAAGAGUUCAUUGAAAGACAGUAAAAGACGAAAUUCACUAAAGAAAUUGAUAAAAAUAUGUAAUUGCCUGCAAGUAAACCUUAAUUUACAGUUACUGGACAGUUCAAGCCUACUGAUAAAAAAGCAAUAGCUCCUAGUUAAAAAUCUGCGUAAUAAAUUAAGGAUGAGGCUAGAGCUGCUAGAUUAAGAGGGCCAAAACCAAAAGAGGAAGUCAAGACUGAUGAUGAAAAAUCCUCUAGGGUAAAAAAGCCCCCAAUAAAUCCAGCAGCAGAGGGAGCAAAGCUAGAUAGAAAAGGUGUUAAAUACUCAAGUGACAAAGAAAGGGUAAAUGAAAAAUUAGGCUUUGGUCCAAGUCAAGAAGAAAAUUAAAGUGAUGAGGAUAUGACUGAAUGGUAAGGAGGACACACAAAAUAAGAUGAUAUCAAUAAAUUCGAUCUGCAUUUACCUCCUAUUGCUAAGGGUUAUAAACUAGACGAUCUCGGCUUGACAAAUGCAGGUGAAAGAGCACUAUCAAAAUAUGAAGGGGGAUAUACAUCUGAUUAAAGCGCUAAGAGUAAAUAAAUGUUCAACACAUAAGAUCCAGGAACUAGAAGAUUAUUGCAGACACUAGAAGGUAAAUAUAAAAAGGCCAAGCCAAGUAGCAUGAAAAAUUAUGAUGAAGAUUAGAAAGAGGAGGAAUCUGCUGAUGAAUUUUAGAGGGCUCCCUAAAAAUAGGAAGAUGUCAUAAAUCCAUUUAGAACAAUCUCUGGAGAUAUAAAAGACAUUCCUUAAUAUAAGCCACCUUAGAUAAAAAUAAAUGAUUGGAGAAAUAAAAGCAAUAGGAGUUCAAGUGAUGAUGAACUUCCAGAUACUAAUGCUGUUUUAAAAAAAUUAAACUUGUCUAAUCCAAUCAAUAAUGAAGAUCCCUCUAAGAAAUUGUCAAUAGUUCAGGGAGAUGAGACAAGAUAUGAAGAAAACCCACCAAUUUUAGAUGCCUCUACAAUUGAUAAUGCUAAUACUUAGACGAAAACAAAUACUUUUUAAAUAAAAAAUGAAGAUCAAAAAGAGGAUCUUAAUAAAAGUAAAAAUUUAAGAGUCACUAUUUUAAAUAAGCCUCCAAGAGCAAUAAAUUCUUAAGUAAAAAGAAAAGAGGAUUCAAAAACUGAUUUAAACAAAACACAUGCAAGUACUGAGACAGGCCAAAUUAAAAAAUAGCUCUAGCUAGACACUCCAGCUACAAUUAAGCAUAAGCAAGAAAGUAGUUCUAGUCUCCAUAUAAAUUUAGGUGUUUCAUAGAAUGAUACCCCAGUCUCUGGAAAUAGAUAAGGCAGAGGAGAGGAUUCAGAUGAGAAAAGAUAAAAGAGAAUUUAAAGUUAGGAGAGACUUUUAUAGUUAUCUUAACCAAAGCCAAAGUAGUAUGUCCUUGUUAAGGAGGAUGAAGAAGAAGAUGAUGAGACUUAAGCAAAAUUGAAGUAAUUACAAGAAAAGACUUAAAAAGGAAAAAGUAUUAACUUUUCAGACUAUGUCGAUAGAGAUGUCCCUUAUAUCAAGAAUAAUCUAGGCAUUAAAGGUAAUGAUUCUAUGAAAAAUAAAACAAAGGAGUUCGACACUAAAUUCAAUAAUAAGAGUGGACUUUUUAGCAAGAUUGGCCAGACAACUAAGAAUAAAGACACACCCGCUGGUGAUGUUAAAUAUAUAAAGGAUAAAAAAGUUUCUAAAACCCCUAAAUCACCUUUAAAAGGCCACUUAAAUGAUAAUUCAUUCGAUGAUGAUAUGCAAGAUUAUAUUAAGAGAUAGAGCGAUGAAGAAGGUGGCCCUGCAGGAAAGAGUGGAUUUGCAAGACUAUUCAAUAAAAAAUAGAAUGCUAAAAAAGGACUAAAAGGUUAGAAAGGAAGAUAAGGAUAAAGAGGUAAUGCCAAUGGAGGUUAUGAAUUAAAGGGGGCGAAUUUAACUUUCAAUGACUUGAGAUAACUGGAAAGAGAAGCUGCUACUUAUAUAGAGAAAAUGGCAAGAGGUUAUUUCAUUAGAAAGUGGUACAGUAACUACUAGAUAAGAAGAAGAUUAGGUAUUCCUUUUUCUGGCUUGGAAUUCACGGAAAAUGCAUUUUUGCGAUAUUUCUAAAAGCCAAAUUAAUCUUUGCAUGAUCUAGCACUUGUACCUCCAUAGUUAGUUGAGGUUGUGCAGCAGCAGGCUAAAUAUAGAAAUAUGAUAGUUAAGCAAGUAAAGCAUGGUUAGAAUGGAAAGAAAAAGAAAAGAGUAGAUUUUGAAGAAGAGGAAGCAAAACUGGAGGCAUCAUAGUUAAAAUACUCUGAUGAGGAAAUUAUUUAAGAUCCAGACAUGGAUAAAAAGCAAUAGCCAAAAAGAGUCCCUCGAAGAAUUCCUAAAAAUUAAACUCCAGUUGAACUUUUAGGCAACUUACAAAAGGAUUUCGUUGCAAAGGGCCUUGAUGCAUAUACUUAAUUUAAAAAGUAUGGAGGUGGAAUAGAUCAUGAUGAUAAUGGAAAAGUAGUUACUAAUAAUCAAGCUGUCUUAGCAAGAGAUCCAAAAGAUAUGGAAGAGAUUGAGAAUAUGGAAAAUAAAGUGCCUAAGUGGACUGAUUAAAACAAUGAUUUCAUUGAAGUUAAGGAGCAUGAAGGUUAUUUACAUAAAAUCGGUAAAGUCAAAGCAGCUCGAAAAGAAGCAGAGCAACAGUAGCAGCUAGCACUUAUGACUCAAGCAGAAAUGGCAGCAAAGGGAAUUACUAAAUAAAAUUUUGUGUCAUCCUUAGCGACAUUUGCCUAAGUGCAUGGAGUAUUUAAUAAACCUGAACCAGGCUAAGGUUCUAAAAGUGGUGAACAAUCUAAAAGAAAUGAUGGUAAUGAAGAUGAUGACAUUUAAGCUUUAUUAAAGAAAAGGCGUAUGAUUGAUGAAGAUGAAGAUUAUUUCCCGGUUGAAAAAUAUUAAGAAUUUUCAAGAGAGGCUGUUGUAUUUUAUAAAAGGAUUGGAGAUAUGAUGGUAAGAUGGACUAUUUAAGUAGGUAGUGCUUUUAAAAAAGAUAGAAAAUUUUAUAUUCCAGUUAAGUUGAUUGGAGAGCAAUUAAAGUCAAGAAGUACAAUUGCAGUAUAUUUGAUGAAUCUAGAAAUGCUUAAGAUAUCUAAGGACAUUGAUAAAAACUUUGAAUUUGAAACUAUAUGGCCAUUUAUUUUGUAUUUGUUCAAUAAUUGGGUGAGGCAUUAGGUCCGCAUGAUGGGUUUAGUUGAUUAAAGACCAGACCUUAAGAAUGCUUUUGUUCAAUCAGAAAAUAAUAUGUAUGAUGUUUAGGAAUUUGAUGAUUAGUUGAAAAAUGUGAAGUAGGAAUACGAUGAAAUGCUAAACUUCUCAUCAGAGAUCGAGUAUGAUGAUAGAUUUGAUUUUGACAAAUAUAUAUCUGAGAACAAGCCAGAGCAUCUACUAGAUAGAUCUAGACCUAGAGAAACAAGAAUGAAGCCUAUUGAACAAAUGAAGACCAAUAAAGAUAAGUUGUUCUAGGCUUAUAAAUUAAAGAUUAAUAUGUACGAGCAGCUGAUGCAAAAGGUGGAUGAGGAGAAAGAUUAUUUGAUGAUAGAUGAAAAUGGAAAGCCAAUCAAAAAAGUUAGAAUUUUGACUGAUGAUUUAUUCGAACCAGUUACAACAAGGAAAUAAAAUCCAUUUGAAUUCUUUUUAAGGAUGCACUUUGUUCCCUUACCCAAGACAGAUUUGGGCUAGUAUAAGCUAAUAUAGAAUCUUUAGGCUUUAAACUACUCAGAAAAGUUGAAAAGAAACGGAUUGGUUGAAGACAAUAUUGCUAUAAUGAAUGAAGAGCGAAGAAAACGAAGAGGGCUACCUCCACUCUAGAUUAUCGAUUACAACUGUAUUGAUCGAGCUGCCUUGAAAUUGAAAAUUAUUGUGGAAUGUCUGUUUUUGAGAAGACAGAUGAAUGGAUGGUGCUUGGUGCCAAGAGAUGUCAAAGAAUCACUUCUGGCUAGAGAGUGGUCUCUAAGGCGAUAGAAAAAUGAAAAGAUAGCUUGUCAAAGAGAACAGAUUUCCUCAAAGCUGAUUAAAAUUUUCGGGUUAAGCAUUACUUAUCCCAACUAGUUUAAUGAAAAAGCAAUUUAGAUCUAGCAAUCUAUGCAGAGAAUGCAAGAUUUCAGAAACAAACGGAUAAUGUCUUAAGAUCAUUAUGAAUACCUAGAUCCACAAGCAUUGGAUGACGAAAUGCUUAGAUAGACAACAGGAAAUGACUAAAAUCCUAUGAUCUCAAAUAGAACUAAUAUCAAUCCAAUGAAUACGCUAGGUGUGAAUUCGAUUAUGAUAAGAAGUGGGCAUUUAAAUUCAAAUCACAUAAUCACAAAUGAAGUGACUCAAAUAAAAGAAGUCAAUGAAAAUGAAAAUGAAGACGACUAGAAUGCAGACAUUAAUUAAGAUGCAAUCGGUAAACUGAUGGAUCUGUCUAAGAUCAAAUAGGAUAUCGAAGACUUUGUCAGAGAACAAGAAAUACUUGAGCAAGGUGUCCUAAAAAUAGAAAACAACUACUACAUAAUGACAAUGUACUUCAGAAGAAUUGCUAGUAACUAUGAAAACAUGAGAGCAAUAAUAGAUGAAAGAGUAAAAAGAUUUUCAAAUGAUGAUGAUGAGGUUGAUCUAAAAGAGGAAAGAAUGAAGUCAAGAUAAUGUGAAUUUGUGUCAGAGCAUCCUUAUGUUAUGCAAUAUGAUCUGGAAAAUCAUAAUGAGAUUAAAGAGAUGGAAAGAAUUGACAUAGAAUAAGAAAAAUUUACUAAAAGGAAGACUGGGUAUAGAUCUUACACAGAGAUUAAAGUAUGUUCAAAAAUUAGUACAACUAAUUGGGAUGACUCUUUCAAUCUUAGCUGGGAGUAGCUUUAGCAGUUUUUUAUGAAGUUUGGGUUUAAAUGGUCUCCCCAUAACUUUCUCAAUACAAAAAGAUUCAAUCAGAAGGAGAGAUUUACUUUCUUCAAUUUUUUCGCUGAGUGCUUAUUCAUCUAUGAUUGCAGAGUGUAAUUAGAUAUGUAAAGAUUGGACAUUGAGCAAUACAAGUUUGAAAAAAUAUUCCUAAAUCUGGAAUAAAUUUAAAGAACUAAGCGUCAAAAUAAAUUGCAGUUUUACUUUGAUGAUUACCUAGAGGAUGAAUUUGAUGAAACUAAAUAUGACUAUGCGAUAUAUCCAUUCUACGAAGACCCUAGAUUGACAAAUGAAGAGUUGGUGAAAGAUCAGGCAACUGCCUACUUCAAUUAUAAUCCAGUUUAUGAAGAUAAAUUAGCCUAGUCUGUAACUAUUCAAAUUGUUGAAGGUAAUAAAAAACCAGAACUGUUGAUAGAUGAAAAUGCUAGAGAAUAUCUUGAAGAUCCAAAUAAUUUGUUCAAUCUGACCCUUUCAACAUAUCCUCAAUCAGAUGACAUCUACUUAGGGAAGAUAAAGUUAUCGGGCAAAGAGGGUUACAAAAAUUAAUAUAAUUUGAGGAUUGAUUAUUAUGUCUUAGGGUAUGUUCCUACUCUACUGAUAAAAAUUUUCAACACUAUAUACUACGAGAUAUUUGAACUUAAAGUUACAAAUAAAAAAAUCAUAAAAGAUGUGAUAAGGAUCUGUAAACAGUAAAAUGACAGUAUGGUUAUUAACCAGCUUUAGUCUAUGCUAUAAAUCAACUCUAAGCUAAAUGGGUCUUAUCUGAAAUUGAAUUUUAAUAUAAGAAGAGACAGAAAUGUAAAUUUGGGUCAAAACUACCUCAACAUGCUAAUUUGUAAUGAAAAUCUUUUAAGAUAAAUGCAAAAAGAUAAUUAUAGGCAAUUCCAAGGAAUAGUAUAUUUUGAAAAUCUUGGCGGAAGGAUGCUUGUGACAGUUACUGAAUUCAUAAUUGAUGUAGAAUAGAUUAGCACUGCUAACUCUGAAUAAUAAAUUAAUCACGGAAAUAAGCAUAUUCCAUUGGAAAGUAAAGCGUCUAAUGCAAGGAUUGGAGGCACCACCAAGAGGUUCCAAAGAGUUAGACUAUGGAAGAUAAAUGUUUUCAACAUAUUCAAUAGUAAAAAUUAUGAGGCAGUAGUCUCUUAUGAGGAUUUGAUCAACUAUUAUGAAUCUGAGAUUUUCAAAUUUUAUCAAGAUCAUCCAAACAUGAUUAAGCCAAACUUAGUCCAUCUUCUGCAAGACUACAUAAGAAAUCUGUUUGUCUUUCGAUCAAAAGUGGGCUAGCUACUUUAUUGGAAGCUUCCAUAAUUCAGUCGCCCUUUAGAUAAAAAUGGACAAGUUGUUCCUGUCUCAAGUGAUCAAAUAUAUAAGCUAAAGCUGCUAGACAUUUACCAUAAGCUACAAAAGAAAAUAGAUGAGCAAAAUAGGGAUGAUGAUAAUAAUGCUUUACCUUUUAGUCUUGACCAAAUGAAGGCAAAAAAGCAUUACAGAGAACCGCCAAGCUUAAGUCUUCGUAAUAAGUUGAUUUUAGAAAAGGAAUUACCAAUAUUCUCUCCAAAUGACUCUAGACUAUUGAAACUGACUUCCUCAAAUCAAGAAGUAAUAGUCCAAAUGUCUAAAGUCUUCAAAUCAUUGCUAAGAGUUACAUAUUGUGUCGUUACGGUGGUUUUAUAUCCAGCAAUGGAAUGUUGGAUCUGGCAAAUAUACUUUCUGAAGACUUAAAGAACUUUUUCAGUCACGUUUUACCCAUCAGAUCUUUUCAAUAUGGAUCAUGAGAUCUUAAACAACUAGGAUCUUGGAUAAGCAAAAUCUCCUGCUAUCGGCCUGUGGUCUGAGCUAAUAAAAAGAUCUGACCUGCAUACAAAUAAUAAAGGCGAUAUUAUCCUAGUUUGCGAGACUUACAGAGAGCCGUUAAAGGAGGUUCUUUUUCAGGAUCAUGUCUUUAAUGAAAAUGCUAGCGACAUAUUUUUUCUAGAGGUAACUUUGAAGUCUCACGAGAACUUUGUCACAGACGUUAGAGAUCCAUUUUAUCCAUUAGAAGUAAUUGACGAGUAUCUUUCAGAGUUUACCAUUGGCAUUAGAGCAUUCAGCUUAACUAGAAAUAUAUGGAUAAAGGAUUAUUAGCCAUUAACAGAAGUUGUGAGAAUUUUGAGAAGGGAAAAGUAUCUUUCUAGUGAUACUCGACUUAUUUAUUAUAGUAUGCUGAGAGAUGCAGCUACGCUGAUUUCUCACAAGAUUGUUUUCUCGGAUGAAGCGAAGAAUAUUGAGGUUAAGAGACAAAAGCUAACUUAUGAUAUAAGGAAUCUCUUAAACUAAAAAGAGUAGUUCUCCAAACUGUAAGAAGAACAAAGAAAUGAACAUAUGCCUGAUAAUAGACUGAAAGAAGAUAGAAGAUAGAGAAAAGAUCACCCACCUCUUAGAAACAAACUAGAUGAUACUGUUGAUCAGAUUCAAAAAGAUCAUGGACUUAGAAAUGAAUGGAAAAACCAGAUUGAGCUUAACAAAAUCAUUUUUCAAGGAGUAAUAUCUUAGAACCCAAUCUAAGUGUGCACUGUCAUCUACAAUGAAGUCAAGGAUCUCUUCAUUUACAGACUUUAUAGAGUCAGUGAUUGCAAUGUGUACGAGAAGCGUAUCAACUCAAUUGAAAUAGAAAAGACGUGUGCCCCUAACUAUUAGAAAAUGCUGUAAAAUAGGAUGCAGGGAUAAUUGGGUGAGAGAAUUUGCGAGUUUUAUAAGACUUAGAUGAUAGUCUCAUCUCUAAUGAAGUACUAUAAUCUCAAGAAAUGA